AUGGCUGCAGCAGUUGUAACUCAGAAAGCCAGUGGCGUGCCCUCCUCCCAGAGACUCGAGGCCGGCUCAUUCAAUAUUCAACCUCAUAGUUUUAAGGCAACUAGCUCUGAAUCGGCUGAUCCGGGCCCGAUCGCCAAGGAGAUUGUCGAUGCCCUCAAUGCAGCUCUGAGCAAGGAAGAUGUCAUUGCCGUCGCCGAGCUCUUCGCCGAGGAUUCUUACUGGCGUGAUCAUCUUGCAUUGACCUGGGACGUCCGAACCUUUAAGGGCCAAGCUAAGAUCAAGGACCAACUCACUCAGCAUGGCUGCAACCUCACCGGUGUUCAGAUUGAGGAAGGCAACACUUUCAGAGCACCACACUUUGCACCCUUUGAUGGCGCCGGCGACGCCAAAGGCAUCGAGUUCCUGAUAUCUUUCGACUCCAAAGUCGGCACCGGACGUGGUAGCUGCAGACUCUUGGAGGACAACGGCAAGUGGAAGAUCUUCUCCUUCUUCACCGCACUGCAGGAGAUCAAAGGCCACGAGCCUGCCACCAACUACAACCGUCCGAAUGGCGUUGAGCAUGGCGGAAAGCCUGAUCGCAAGAAUUGGGUAGAGCGCCGGGCCGCCGAAAAAAACUAUGAAGCUGGCGUCGAGCCGGCUGUUCUUAUCAUUGUAGGCGCUGGACAGGGAGGCCUCACUGCUGCUGCCCGUCUGAAAGUCGUCGGGGUAGACGCCCUGAUCGUCGAUCGCAAUGAGAGAAUUGGUGACAACUGGCGCAAUCGGUACCAUCAGCUCGUGCUUCAUGACCCGGUCUGGUAUGACCACAUGCCAUACAUGAGCUUUCCCGAGCACUGGCCGAUCUUCACACCCAAGGAUAAGCUGGGCGACUGGUUCAACUUCUACGCCGAAGCACUGGAGCUCAACGUCUGGAUGCGGAGUACGCUGACCUCCUCCUCCUGGUCCGAUGCCGAGCAGAAAUGGACCGUCAACAUCGAACGCACUCUUCCCGACGGCAGCAAGCAGUCCCGCACCUUCCAUCCCCGUCACAUCAUCCAAGCCACCGGCCACUCCGGCAAGAAGAAUUUCCCCACCAUCAAAGGUAUGGAGAACUUCAAAGGCUCGCGGCUCUGCCAUUCAUCCGAGUUCACGGGUGCCAAACCCAACGGCAACGGCAAGAAAGCCAUCAUCGUCGGCUGCUGCAACUCCGGGCACGACAUCAGCCAGACCUUUUAUGAGAACGGCUACGACGUCACCAUGGUGCAACGCUCCACCACGUGCGUCGUGUCCUCCGAGUCCAUCACCAAGAUCGCUCUGGGCGGCCUGUACAGCCAGGACGGCCCGCCCACCGACGAUGCCGACAUCUGGCUGCACGGCACGCCCAUGUCGGUCCUCAAACGCAUCCAGCUGACCAUCACCAAGCUCUCGCAGGAGAAAGACAAGCCCAUCCUCGACGGCCUCGCCAAGGCCGGCUUCGCGCUCGACAAGGGGCCCGAUGACGCCGGCCUCUUCAUCAAGUACUACCAGCGCGGCGGUGGCUACUACAUCGAUGUCGGCGCCAGCCAGCUCAUCAUCGAGGGCAAGAUCAAGAUCAAGCAGGGCCAGGAGAUCGAGGAGGUGCUGCCGCACGGCCUCAAGUUCGCCGACGGCUCCGAGUUGGAGGCCGACGAAAUCAUCUUUGCCACCGGGUACCAGAACAUGCGGAGCGAGGCGCGCACCAUUCUGGGCGAUGAGCUCGCAGAUCGGACUAAGAAUGUUUGGGGUUUCGACGAGGAGGGCGAGUUUCGGACCAUGUGGAGACCGAGUGGUCAUCCGGGCUUUUGGUUCAUGGGUGGCAACCUGGCACUGUGCAGAUACUACUCCCUGGUCCUUGCGCUACAAAUCAAGGCACGUGAGGUUGGCUUGAGUAAGGCGUGA